CUCAUUUUGCCACUGGAAUGAGGCCAAAAGCACAAGCAUUACAGGGAUAUAAAGCGGGAAGUUACUGGAAAGAAUCACAAACUAACUUUGGAACUGAAAAAUCUCAGAAGAAAACUGGAGACUGACAGAGAUCAGGGUGAUUCCUCAACUGUGCACCUCCCUGACAGAGGCACUGCUUUUGUGGGGUAGGAAUGAUGACAGGGGCAAAAAGGAAAAGAAGCACAGUGUGGAGGAAGAUCCAGGCUGUUCGCUUUGAAGAUAUCAGAGCCUGGUGUAUGAGAAGGCUGCCUAUCUUGAAAUGGGUGCCUGAAUACAACUGGAAGGAAAAUUUGGUUCCUGAUACUGUUUCUGGGAUGAUGCUAGCUAUCCAACAGGUGACUCAAGGGCUGGCCUUUGCUGUUCUGUCUUCAGUCCAUCCUGUUUUUGGUUUAUAUGGAUCUUUUUUCCCUGUCAUUAUUUAUGCCAUAUUUGGAAUGGGACGUCAUGUUGCAACAGGAACUUUUGCUUUAACUUCCUUAAUAUCUGCCAAUGCAGUUGAGCGUCUUGUUCCUUCAGUCAGAACUAAUUUCACUGCAAACAAUAAUUCAGGAAUUUUGGGUUUGUCAGAAUUUGAAAUGCAGAGGAUUGGAGUUGCAGCAGCAGUUUCAUUUCUAGGAGGAAUCAUUCAGGUGGCAAUGUUUAUGCUGCAGCUGGGCAGUGCCACUUUCUUGUUAACAGAACCUGUGAUAAGCGCGAUGACAACAGGAGCAGCUACACACGUUGUGACUUCACAAGUGAAGUAUCUGCUGGGAAUGAAAAUGCCAUAUAUAUCAGGACCACUGGCGUUUUUUCAUAUUUAUGCCUAUGUGUUUGAGAAUAUCAGAUCUGUUCAGUUGGAGGCAUUACUUCUCUCCGUGCUGAGUAUUGCGGUACUUGUUCUUGUUAAAGAACUGAAUGAGAAAUUUCACAGAAACAUUAAAGUUGUCCUUCCCAUCGAUCUACUUUUGAUAAUUGCUACAUCCAUUGCUUGCUACUAUGCUAAUAUGGAAUACAUCUACGGGAUAGAAGUUGUGGGAAAUAUUCCUAAAGGGUUGCCAUCACCAAAAGCACCACCCAUGAGAGUCCUGCCUGAAGUAGUCACUGAAGCUUUUGGAGUGGCCCUGGUUGGUUAUGUAGCCUCACUAGCUCUUGCUCAAGGCUCUGCUAAAAAGUUUAAAUACACUGUGGAUGACAACCAGGAAUUUUUGGCUCAUGGCCUCAGCAACGUGAUUCCUUCAUUUUUCUUUUGCAUACCAAGUGCUGCAGCGAUGGGACGGACGGCACUUUUAUACAGUACGGGCGCCAAAACACAGGUGGCUUGCCUCAUCUCUUGUGUAUUAAUUCUUGUGGUGAUCUACACAAUUGGACCUCUGCUGUAUUGGCUUCCUAUGUGUGUGUUAGCAAGCAUUAUCGUUGUGGGCUUGAAGGGGAUGCUAAUGCAGUUCCGUGACUUAAAAAAAUAUUGGAAUGUGGAUAAAAUAGACUGGAGCAUAUGGGUUAGCACCUAUGUGUUUACAAUAUGCUUUGCUGCUAAUGUGGGACUGUUGUACGGCGUUGUCUGCACUAUAGUAAUCGUGAUCUUCCGCUUUCCCAGAGCAAAGACAUUGAAUUUGAAAAACGUGAAAGAGGUGGAAUAUAAAUACAAAGCAGAAGAUAAUUGUGAAUCACUAAAACAUGUAAAAAUAGUUUCAGUCAACAGCCCAUUAGUCUUUUUGAAUGCCAGAAAAUUCCACGCUGACCUGUUAAAGAUAAUCCAGCAGGAUGGCAUAAGCAGCCAGUGUGAGCAGAACACAUUGCUCUGUUCAUUUUCCAAUGGAAGUUGCCAUGGUGAGUUGGUGCAGUCAUGUCACAGUGAGCGACAUGUUUUGAUAUUAGACUGCAGUGGACUGAAUUUCUUUGACUACACUGGAGUCUCUGUGCUUCUUCAGAUUUACAAGGACUGUAAAAGCAGAUACAUCGAUGUGUUGCUAGCACACUGCAAAGCUUCCUUGAUAAAAGCAAUGCAGUACGGUGGAAGUCUUGACUCUGAAAAUCCUGUAUUUUUUGAAUCUAUUUCUUCAGCAAUUGAUGCCAUUCAUAUUCACAGGAAUUACAGCAAGUUCAGUGAACAGAGUGAAGUGUGAUGCCCACCCAUUGAGCAUAGCAAGUUUCAUCUGCUCAUACUCAAAAUGAACUACAUCAUGGCUUCUCCUUCACUUUUUUUUUCCAGUGGAUCUCAUAGAUGACCUUUUGUAUACCAUAUAUAUUUAGUACAUUCAGUAACAACAGAUCUGCCUUUCAGAAAGAAAAUCUUUCAGCUGCAAUCACUCAGUGAAUUUUUAUGCAAUUGUUCUAUAGUGGUUUUAUAAAAUAUUUUUAUAUACAUUUAGAUACAAAUGAUUAGAAAGCAGACACAAGGUACUGUGUUUACCAGUUAGGUGUAUUAUUUUAUGUAUCUUCUAUUAUAACAUUAGUUGUAAUAUGUAUCUCUAGUUUUGUGUAUGGAAUAGAGAUAUUAUGAAUUCUUAAAACAGCAUGUCAUAAUUGAUAAGGUAUCUGCAAGAAGGCAUAUAUCAAUGCACUUUUUUUUUUCUAAUGGCUUUACUUACUCUUUCCCCUGUUCAAUACAGCCAUUUGCAGUAACAGCAUCAUAUCACAACUAUUAUCAGCUUUUACUUUUUGUAAAAUACUUGGUUUUUAAUGCUUUUUAAUGCCUGCCCAGAUCAAUGGGAGAACUUGCAAGUAUAUGCAGAGAAGGCAGAUGCAUAUUGGCUAAGAACACUGGAUUGCCUCCAUCUCUAUUAGUUGUAUUGUGCUAUUAUGUUUUGCUAUAUUUUCAAAGCCACAGGUAUUCUUUAGCUCAGACUGUAGAGGAAAAACUGGUAGUAUUUUUCCAAAGCUUCUUUCUUCCAGCACAUUUUUUCCAGUCUGCAUUUCCAGUUUGAGCUGUGAUUUGUUCAGUGUUGAAAUCUCCAGCUGAGGCAGCUGAAAGGUGAUUGUAGCAACACGUAAGGUGUGUGCCACAUUUCAGACACAAUCCUGAUGUGCAGUAUACUGUGUGUGAGCACACAAAGUGGGUGGAGGAAUUCACAGGUUGAGUAUUUGGCUUGUAUUUAUGGGUUGUCAGCAAUCAGAUCAUACUAUCACAUCGGUACCAUGGUCUAUGGCAACAUAUUAAGGCCUUCCAGUACUGAAGGGAGCCUACAAGAAACAUGGAGAGAGACUAUUUGCAAGAGCACAUACUGAUAGGACAAGGGGGGAUGGCUUCAAACUGAAAGAGAGUAGGUUUAGUCUAGAUAUUAGAAGAAAAAUUCAUUACUGUGACAAUGCUGAGGCACUGGAACAGGUUGACCAGAGAAAUUAUGGGUGCCCUGACUCUGGCAGUGUUCAAGGUGAGGUUGGAUGGAGCUUUUAGCAACUUUUUUGAGUGGAAGGUGUUGGAACCAGAUGAUCUUUAAGGGCCCUUGAACCUCAGGCCAUUCUACGAUUCCAUGUAUGAUUUUUCUCCUCUUGCCUUUGUUCCCUUCUGUGAACACCAGCAGUAAAAUGUGAGUUGAGCAAAAAGGAAUCAAGAAAUUAGAAAGAUAUGGUAGGUUUGUUUUUGUUUUUUUUUUUUUCAUCAACUUAAAAAAUCUAUGGAAGCUAACAGUAAAUAGAUAUGGCACAGCCAUAAUGGCCAUCUUACACUACAGAGAGGAGGGAAGGACGAGGACAAAUAUAGGCAAAAUCUAGUUCUAAGCAUUCUGCUUUCAGCAGCAGUUGCAUGUGUAUGCUUGUCUGGACCCUCCCUGUUGUGUCUGCCCAAAGCUGCUGCCUGCAGGAGAGGAGGUGGCUCAUGGAGUGACUUUUGCAUCUCUGCAUAGUUAAGACAUUGAUAAGCUUUUCCUCAAGUCUUGGUCACUCCACACUAGUAGACAAUAAUGGGAGAGAGCUGUGGGUAUUUCUGCCCUUUCAGUUAUGAGUGACUCUUGUAGUUAUUCCCUGCUUUGACCCACAGAGGACCAGAAAUGUUCUGUACAAGUUCUUCUGAGACGGCUUUGGUAAUUACUAUGCAAAAGAUUGAUAAGUAACUGUGAGAAACUCAUUAUACACAGGAGAAAUAAAUUCUGUAUAUUGUCCCAAGCACAUUAAUUUCAGAUGCUGUAGUUGAUUGCAAAUGGCUCAUUACAUCACUGGACUCAGUAACAGGCUAUAAUAUUUGAUUAAUAAUUUCCUGAAAUAGUUUUAGUAAUUUAUUAACACUUUAGAAACUAUUUACAAUGUACUUUAAUCACAGAAGCAUCAAUUCUAUGUCACAGUUGAAUGGAGAUUUCUACUUAACUGCAAACUGAAUAAAUGAAUAAAUGCCAUCUUUUCUACUAGGUUCAGCAUUUGUUCUUUGUUGGCUAAAUGUUUUUUCUUAAAAUUUAUAGAUUAGUUGAUUAAUGAAAUUGUUAAAAAUAGGGUCUUUAGCAAAAAUAGGACUUUUCUUUGACUUUUCAGGAGGCUUUCACUUUUAUUCUGAAUGAUCUUAUAAAUGUAACAACACAGAUAUUUUUAAAAUUCCUUGUAGUAUUAGCCUUUUAAGAAACCUUCUAUAUUAAAUAAUUAAUUUUGUAGUGCUUAUUAAAAAAACUUCUAAUUUUUACUGCUUUCAAUGGGAAUAAUUUUUGCCCAGUUAAAUGGCUUUUUUUGGGGGAUGAACAUUUAUCUCCCAUUAGCUCCAACCUUCCAACACUGGGCUUUGGGAUAAUAUUUCUGUAAUCUAUUUUGCUAUAUAUAAUUAGUCUAAAUAACGUUCCAUUUCUGAGAGUAUGCGUUGUUAAUUAUAUUGCCUGUCUGGCAAGUGGAAUCACUUAAGAUAGUUGUUUCUCAGUAGAACAGUGUUUUAAGGGACAUGUGAAGAUAGCUGCCCUUUCAAUUUCUUCUAAAAUACCUGUAAUGAGUUUAAGCUCUGUCAAACCAGAACUGCUCUAUAGAGCUAUGGGCAGUGAAGAGCAAAUUGCAAAUUACAAACUACUGACACAGUUUCCAUUUCUCCACCACCCACCCUUCUGAGCUACUGAUUUACUAAAACCUGUAGCUGUGCACUGCCUGUCUUCAAACAGCAGGGAUGCCAUUGCCAUCAGACUUCAUGGACUGCCAGAGCCCUGUUGUUCUGCUGGUGGGAUGGGAGUCACUUCAUGUCCUCCCGGAGUUAUCUCUGCAAAUCCCCGGUGUGUUUGUCCCACUCACAGAGUCAACUGACAAACAACUCCUUAAUUUAGAGAAACACUCUAAACCUUCUGGAUUAAGUUUUGGAGGCAAUUCCCACUAUCAGUUUCAACCCUUCCCUCAAUGUUUUUGUAUAAAUUGGCUUUCCUCUGGCUCUCAGAGAGAGCUUCACUGGAAUGGAAUGGAAUUAAAUAGGGCAGAGUAACAUUUGAAAGAAAUCAACAGCCAUCAUCUAGUCCAACUGCCAUUAUUAUAAAAGAAUAUCAGAAUAAACCAUACUUAUUCUUCUGAUGGAGGAGAGCAAAGGGAGUCAAAUUCAUCCUGUAGCAAAGAGCCUGCACAAAGUCUGACUGUCCUUACGGUUGUGCAGGCCUGGCCACACCAUCCCAAUGGAGGUGAACUACAGCCAGGAACAAUAAGGGGUUUAGUUAUUUGUGCCCUGCUGAGACAGACAUUCAUCUUUGUACCUUCACCCUCAUUUACUUGAACAUCACUAGGGACUUCUCAGAAUAAUGCAAAGUUUUAUUAACUGUGGUUAUACUGUGAGCUUAUGCGGUGUUAGCAGUAAGAGCAAACUGUGGAGUUCCCUCUGUCCUCAGUGAUUUCUAAAGGUGCAAGAGAGAGUGCACCUACCAGCAGAGGCUUGAGGAAGUCUCUCAUUUACAGGUUUCAAGUAAUGAAACAAACAAGUUUACUGCUCUUAGUAAGCAAUUCUGAAAAUCUAACCAUUCACUUUGAUUCUUGUAUGUAUACUUAGAUGCUCAGAUUUUAUCUUACAAAAUUCAGUAUGUAUGAGUCACGAAGCUUUUGAAAAUCAGCGCUUCCAUUCUGCACAUUUGGUAUAUUCUGUACUUCACAGGAUAACUUUCAAUCAUGAUUGUUUUCUGCAGAGAUGGUCCAGAGUUAUCAGAGAUUAUAUAUUUACUUGACAUGUUUAGGAAUUUUUAGCUAUUUUUAGGAACUUAUUCUACAUUUUAAAUAGUAUAUAAUGUGAGUAGAGUUUUUCUCACUAUUUAAGAUUUGCUAACCAGAAUACAUUAAAAUGGUAUUCUUAUAAUAUGCUUCUUACAGAAUUUGUUUCACACAUUCCAAAACAAAGAAACUAAUGAGGAAAAAAAGAGAGCAAACUGAUGUUAAAGAAUGAGUAUAAUACCAAUUAAAAAUUAGGCAUAAAACAGGUAAUAAGGAAAAGACUUAACAUUAUAUUUAUGCAAAUUAAAUGUUUCUAAUUCUUGUCAUAUGUCUUUCAUUUUAAAGGUUAUUUGCCCUGAUUCUAUGAUUCAAGUGUCACAAGGUCUGGCUGUAGCUGCAUUGACAUAAUUUAUUUGACAGCUCUGUGUGUCAUAAUGUAUAAUGUAACAAGGAAAGGUAUCUUCACUGUUGAAUGAAAACAUUAAUGUGUCAAUACUGUGUAUGAAUACUGUUUGACAUUUACUAGUUUCAAAAAUAAAAUACACAGUAUGCCUUGAAAAUAUGGUAUUCCUAUUUUUCGAAGAUACUUUCUUUGUCUACAGGAACUCAUAAAUAAAUGAAGUGCAGUUCCAGAGUGCAUGCUAAAUGGUGCCUUCAUCAUUAUGAUAGAUUUUACUAAAGAUCACCUAAUCUGUACGUUUCCAUAUGCUUUAUAAUGCAUUUAAAUAUUUUUUUCUUUUCCUGAGUCUGUGUAUUAGCAUAUGCAAGAAUAAAUUUAUACUGAAAUAAAUUGGAAUUUGAGACAAUUUGUAUGUAGAAGGAGGAAAAUGCCCUCAUUAUUUCAAUUCUUUUUUUUAUAUUCCGUACUAGCCACUUUGUUAU